AUGGCAUCAUCUUCAUCACAACCAUCUUCCAAGCUGAACAACUGUCGAAUUUGUUUGAAACAAAUACUUGCAGAGAAGAAAGGGGUAAUAACCACUUGCAUGCAUGAGUUUUGUUUCAAAUGCAUCGUGAAGCACGCGAAGAGAGUCAAACCCCAAUGUCCAAUAUGCUGGAGGAGGUUUAAAUCCGUUUGGCGCAGAGUGGAUGGCAGGAGGAAGUUAUUUGAGGUGAAGCCAACAAAUUUUCGCAAAAAUGAUCCCGACGGUGAAAGGUACAGGGAUAUGGAUCUAUAUUAUCAUCUGCAAGGAGUGGAAACUAAGAAGAAGGAGGACACAAAAUGUAUUACAAUUGAUGGUUCAGAUGACGAAGCUGAUGGAUUGUGGAAAUGCAGGGACAAGAGACCAUUCGACAAUCCUGUUACCUCCGAUUCAGUAAUCUUGCAGACUUCAAUUGAUCAACCUCUUUACGAUUCGAUCUUUCAAUUGAUGUAUGAAGGUGAAAAAGAAGAAGACGACGACGAUUAUGAUGAUGAAGAUGAUUAUGCAGAAACAACAUCCAGUGGUAAACGAAAACGUGGAAAUGGAGGUGACGGGAUGUUGAGCAAGAGGAUGAAACUGGAGUCAUUGGACUGGUCGUGGUGA